AUGCGUGCCAGUACCCUAUUCGCUUCCGUUGCCUCCCUUCUCCUCGUCGAUGCCGCCCCGCUUAACAUUGGCGACAACGAACACAGACACAUGGUCCUGGCCCUAUAUCAAGACAACGACUGCCAAAUACCCAUUCCUGGAGAUGGCAUUACCCAAGUGAACAGUGGGACCUGCGAUACCAACGUCAGAACUGGGUGGUCAUCGGCUAAAAUCAUCGAAAAUAAUAUUGUCAGGCCACCCGCCGGUUGGCCUUACGGUCCGGAAUUUUAUGAACGCAACAACUGCGCAGUAGCUCAGAAGAGACAUGGCUUCAGCGGUUUACCGGGCCCUUGCCUGAAGAUCGGAUUCAUUGCCAAUGCUGUCGGGUACUUUUAG